AUGUCUCCUUAUGGAAAAGUCGAUGAAGCCGACCAAGCCAUGCUCGAACUUCGCCGCAAAAACCGAAAGCGAAUCACAAUCAUAACCUUGUCCACAAUAGUUCUCAUUGGUGUUGUGUGUGCUGCUGUUUUUGGAACCGUUGCACACACCAACAACAAUGCAAGUGACAACAACAAUGAUGCAAGUGCUCAAGCUCUUUCCAAUUCGGUGAAGGCUAUUUGUGACGUGACAUUGUACAAGGAUGCAUGUUAUAGCAGCCUUGGUUCUCUUGCGCACUCGGGUCAGGUUCAACCUGAAAAGUUGUUUUUGUUGUCAAUUGAGGUGGCCUUAUCUGAGGUUGCAAGAGCUGUUCAGUAUUUCUCUGACAAGGGAGUUUUCAAUGGCUUGAAUGUUGAUAAUAGGACUAAGCAAAGUUUUCAAAAUUGCAAGGAGCUUUUGGGUCUUGCAAUUGAUCAUCUUAAUAGCACUUUGUCUUCUGGGGAAAACUCUUCCUUGCUUGAUGUUUUGGACGAUCUUAAAACUUGGUUGAGUGCUGCAGGCACUUAUCAGCAAACUUGCAUUGACGGCUUUGAGGAGGCAGAAGCAGCACUGAAGACCAGUGUUGCAAACAAUCUGAAAAAUUCUACAGAGUUCACCAGUAACACUCUUGCCAUUGUUACAUGGCUUGACAAGGCUGCAAGCACAGUGACCUUCAGGCGCUUGUUGAGUGCUUUACCACAUCACAAUGAAGAACCAAAGUGGCUUGAUUCUAAAGACCGGAAGCUGUUUCAAACAAAAGAUUUGAGGACUAAAGCAGACAUUGUUGUAGCGAAAGAUGGAAGUGGAAAGUAUAAAACAAUUUCUGCUGCACUUAAACAUGUCCCCAAAAAAAGUGACAAGAGGACUGUGAUUUAUGUGAAGAAGGGGGUCUAUUAUGAAACUGUUACAGUGGACAAGACCAAAUGGAAUGUCAUGAUCAUUGGCGAUGGAAUGAAUGUUACAAUUGUAUCUGGAAGCCUUAACUUUGUAGAUGGCACCCCAACAUUUUCAUCUGCAACAUUUGCUGUGUUUGGGAAGAAUUUCAUUGCAAGGGACAUGGGAUUUCGCAACACAGCUGGUCCACAGAAGCACCAGGCAGUGGCACUAAUGACAAGUGCUGAUCAAGCAGUUUACUAUAGGUGUCAAAUUGAUGCAUUUCAGGACAGUCUCUAUGCUCAUUCCAACCGCCAAUUCUACAGAGAAUGCAACAUUUAUGGCACAGUUGAUUUCAUUUUUGGCAAUUCAGCAGUGGUCUUCCAGAACUGCAACAUUUUGCCCAAAGUGCCUAUGCAAGGCCAGCAGAACACAAUCACAGCACAAGGCAAAACUGACCCCAACAUGAACACAGGAAUUUCAAUUCAAAAUUGCAGCAUUUCACCCUUUGGGAACUUGAGUUCUGUCCAUACAUACCUUGGAAGACCCUGGAAGAAUUACUCAACCACAGUCUUUAUACAAUCCACAUUGGGAAGCUUUAUUGACUCAAAUGGGUGGUUACCAUGGGUAGGAAACUCAGCACCAGAUACCAUAUUUUAUGCUGAGUUUCAGAAUGUUGGACCUGGUGCUUCAACAAAGAAUAGGGUGAAGUGGAAGGGUGUGAAAACCAUUACAGCUAAACAAGCUACCAAGUUUACAGUGAAGGCUUUUCUUUCAGGGAACAAGUGGAUUCCAGCUUCGGGUGUCCCCCAUAAAUCUUCUCUGUGA